AUGUGUCUGUGCCUGGGGUAUCUGCGUGGGAGCGCGCGGGGCUUUCUUCCCGCGCGGCUGUUUACUCUUGGUAGCUUUCUCAUCACUCGCUCUACAUUGUGGUUUAAAGUUUAAAGCCAUAAAUUCCAGCUAGUCUUAUUCAAAGACAGAAUCUAACAAACGCUAGAUCCGCUGGACCACCAUAACAUGUGACAUAUAUCAUACACCCAUAUUGUAUACGGGCCAUUGCCUCGCUGGGAUUAGGACUGAUGCCCCCAUUUCUCAGGGCUUACAUCAGUUUUCCCUCCUCCCCCUCGGCUCCCGGCUCCUGAGGGUAGAUGGGGCAAGGUUGCCACCAUCGCCUCCACCAGUGAGGUAUGCUACUCCAUAUUCUGUUGGAAUGUCCACCACUUCCGCAUGCGGCCGCCCCAUAUUCGCCCAGCCCCUUUAAUCAGCUCAUGA